GUGUAUAAAGAACAUUCCAUGCGGAAAUCAUCGCCCGGCGUUCAGUCUUCUAAGUAAACGAAGAGAGUGAACAUCGUGACAGUACUGAAUGCGCCAGCAAUAAGUUGACACCGUUAAGAUGGAUUACCUAUCCAUCGCUUUGUCUUUGACAGCUGUACUUAUCGCCCUAUAUUACUACAGCACCAGAAAGCUCAGCUUUUUCAAGGAUCAUGGGAUCCUGCAUAUUCCACCGGCGCCAUUGUUUGGCAACAUGGGCUCGAUGUUCUUGAAGCGAAGCAGCUUGUACGAUCUGCUGCAAGAUGUGUACUUCAUAAACACUGAAGCAAAGUACGUCGGCAUCUACGAGUUCCAAACGCCAAUAAUAAUGAUCCGUGACCUGGACCUGAUCAAGUCCAUCACUACGAAGAAUUUCGACCACUUCUCUGACCAUCGUACCUUCAUGUACAAAGACCUAGACCCCAUGCUCGCCAAUAUGCUGUUCUCCAUGACAGGCGAGGAAUGGAAGGAGCACAGGAACAUGCUGUCACCCGCUUUCACCUCCAGCAAGAUCAAGAACAUGUUCCAGCUGAUGUCUCAUUGCGCGGUAAGGUUCAGCAAUUACGUAUCGAAGUUGCCGGAAAGCGAGCGUGAAACGGACAUGAAGGCCUUGCUGUGCAAGUACACCAACGACGUGAUCGCCAAGUGCGUGUACGGUGUCACGGUUGACAGCAUCAAGGAGCCGAAGAACGUCUUCUACGUGUACGGCAGGAUAGGUACAAUGUUCACGUCUUAUAAGAAGACUGUGAUCAUGUUGAUAAACAGGAACAUGCCCUGGCUAGCCAGGCUCUUUCGUCUGAAGAUGUUGGAAGGGUAUGUAGAGAAAUUCUUCGCCGAGUUAGCGUUGGACGAGAUUGAAGCGAGGCGAAAGUAUAAGCCGCAUCGGUCGGACGUGCUUCAGAUGUUUAUCGAUAUCAAUGACGAGAAGGAAUCUGGCAAAGGUAUGUCAGCGGAGAGCAUGGCCUACCACUCUUUCAGUUUCUUCUUCGGUGGGUUUGACAGCGUGGUUUCGCAAUUGUGUUUCGUGACACACCUGUUGGCCGUGCAUCCCGAUUGCCAGGCCAAGCUGCAGCAAGGAAUCGAUGAUGCUUUGAUGGAGAACAAUGGACAGUUGCCCUACGAUGUGCUACGGAACAUGAAAUACCUGGACGCUGUGAUCAACGAAGUCAUGAGAAUCUAUCCUAUCGCCGCGAUGCUGGACAGGUUGUGUGUCAAGAGUUUCGAGUUGCCACCCGCUUUGCCUGGUGGUAAACCUUUCACCAUAAAUCCUGGAAUGAACGUCUGGGUCCCUAUUGUACCUAUCCAAAUGGAUCCUAAAUACUACGAGAAACCCGAGAAAUUCGAUCCUGAAAGGUUCAUAGAGGAUGAGAAGAAGAUCGUGAAUUCGGGCGCGUUCAUGCCGUUUGGCGUGGGGCCAAGGAUGUGCAUUGGUAAUCGGUUCGCGUUGCUAGAGAUGAAGGUGUUGCUCUGCCAUAUACUCGCCACGUGUAACCUCAAAGUCGGGUCCAAGACUACGAUCCCGACGGAACUGCACAAGGGAUCGUUUAAUCUGACAAUGAAGAACGGGUUCUUCCUGAAAAUCGAGCCAAGGGAGAAUCCAUAUUAUCCUACGGAGAUCAAGAGGGUUGCCAAUGGUGACGCGUGCUAGUGGGUUGCUGAAAGUGUAAAUUCAAGUUAGACGAUACUCUAUUCUUCACUAUUUAAAGUCAACUCGUACUUAAUCUCGAAAUUAAUGAAUUUCACGUCUACUCUCUUCAGUUUUAUUUCAGUCUUGUGUCUUUCUGCUUUUCUUUUACUUCUUCGAUGUAAGAAAAAUAAAUAUUUUCCACAACA